AAACAACAUUUAUUCAUUUUUGUACAUGGUUAUAUUGUAGACUCGCUUUGAUUUUCCAUCCGAUAUCGAUGACGUUUCUGAAGAUGCUAUGGAUCUCAUACGGAAGUUAAUAUGCAGUGCUGAGCAGAGACUAGGACAGAACGGUCUAGACGAUUUCAAAAAUCACCCCUGGUUUGAAGGAAUUAACUGGGAACAUAUUCGAGAUAUGGUGCCGCCUUAUCUUCCCGAAGUUAGUAGUCCCACAGAUACUUCCAAUUUUGACGUAGACGAUAAUGAUUUUCGAGCGUCAGAUUCGGUGCCUCCGACAACACAUGGUGCAUUUAGCGGCAAUCACCUGCCGUUUGUUGGAUUUACAUUUACAAGGGAUAGGUUUCUGGAAGCUUACGUAGAAGAGAAGUCAGCUGAAGCCAACAAACAAAGGAAGUUACGAGAACGGAGUGAACAGUACUCAAAACAAUUAGAAGAUGAAAUGGAAACCAUGAAG